UUCUGUCAUUAUUGGGCGUGUUACAUUGAUUCCGAUAUGCGUAAGAAAUAUACCCCCUCUGUGAAGAUUCUCGACUUGCCUACAGAUUAACUCAUGGCAUUGAAUCCCAUUUUCAUGUAUCUUUCUAAAAAUUGAUUUAGCUGUUUACACAUUCAUUGUUAAAAGACAUGUUCUUGAAUUCAGCACCUUUUGUAAGGCAUAAAGCUCGUCAGGAAUCCCAUUUUCAUGUAUCGUUUUAAAAUUUGUUUUCUUUGUUGAGGACGUGUUCUUGAAUUCAGCUCGCCUUUUGUAAUGCAUACAGCUCGUUAGGCUGGAAUCCCCCACUAAAUGUUCACAUUCCAGACCAUUGUCACCUCAAGCUGGACCUCCCACAAAACCUGUCCAUGUGUAAUAAAUAGCAAGACGUUGCACAUUUGAUUUUUUUCAGCAUUUUCAUAUAGGACAACACAUUUCUUUGGUGACAAUGGAGACUGCUGCGUUCUACAUGGCACGGACUGUCGACAGACCAAAACGUCUUGUAUCCAAAACAGCGCAGCCCUUGCAACACGCUGCCAAAAAACGGGGGUCUGCUAAGCCAGCUAGCACGCCUGCAAAAUCCAAAGUGCGCCUUGUAAGGAAGAAAUCGGCUGUGACAGUGGCAACAGCCGGCGGCAGAACAGGCUGCUCUGGACUUUACAAGGAAGAGAUUAGGAUUAUGAAAAAGCAACUAAAUGACAUGGACAAUCGCUUGAAGACAGUGUCAAGAGAAUUGGAGGUGGAGAAGCAGUUUAGAAAGGCUGUGGAGGAACAUCUUAACAAGGCAGUGGAGGACCGUGCAAAGGCAGAGGAACGCUUCAAGAAGGUGGAGGAACUUCUGCAGCGGCUGGUUAACCCCCCACCUGCGGCAGCGCAGCUCACAGCUCACCAGGCCACGGCAGCGCAGCCCACAGCUCACCAGGCCACACUAGCACAACCACCAGCACCGCACACAACUGCUAGUGCUAGACGGCAAUUGACUUUCAACGCCACCCCAUCAACCCUUGGACCCAGGGUCCCGGCUGGAACUCCCCUGCCGGACAUUGAGCUCAGGGUCCUCUCUGCUGAGCGAGACGAUUACCUGUUCAGGCAGAGCCAACAAAGAGGCCAGCACAGGCCAGACAUUUAUGCCGCGAAUGUGUUCAUGGCUCUGACGCCAUUCGAAGAGCGGUGGGGGAAAAUGGUUAAUUGGAGUGGGUCACAAGGCAAGGCCACCUUGCCGCACAAUCUAAAGAAAAAAGUGCAUCAAUUAACCACAGAACGUUUUCCUGAUUUGUCUCCGGAAAACUGGGUCAAAAUCCGAAACCGGAUCAACGAAAGACUGCGAAGCCCCCGAAAAGUAGACCCUGAGGCGGAACGAAUUGGCCACUGACAUCUUGGUUUUUUAGGCUACAGUACUUGUCUUGUGAAAACGAAAAGUGCUUUUGCGCACAUGUCCCCCCAGUGACAUCAACCAUUUUUAUACCUUUUUCCCGUUCCAAUUUUGUUGUCAAGUUUGCACUACUGUAGCUAAUAAAAUGCACAAAUGAAAA